AUGGGUGACCGGCCAGGUCGCUCAACUGUAAAGCUGGCUGAGGCCGUGUGGGUUCUGCAGUGUCACAGCCUUGCGGAGGCAGUCACCAUGGCAGAGGGUCUGCGGUCGGUGCAAGAAGUCCCGGGUCCUUACCGCUGCCUGUUCAACGCCUACCCUUUCUUCAACAGGAUCCAGUCACGCGUCAUGGACGAUGUUCUACACAGCGACAAGCCGGUGGUGGUGAGCGCUCCGACGGGAUCAGGAAAAACGGCCAUUCUAGAGCUGGCGCUGGUGCGCCUGCUCAGCGCGUCCCGCACCGAUGAGCAUGGUCGACGAGCAAGAGCGGUGUACGUGUCCCCGCUGAAGGCGCUGUGCCGCGAGCGGCUGUGCGAGUGGCGCGCCAAGCUGGCCGCUGUGGGCGUCAGCUGCGCCGAGUACACGGGCGAUACGGACAGCGACCAGGACCGCGAGGCCCUGCUCGGAGCGCAGCUGCUGCUCACCACACCGGAGAAAUUGGAUGACUGCACCCGGCGCUGGCCCGAAGCCGUUCGCCCGGACCUGGUGCUCAUCGACGAGAUGCAGACUGUGUCGGAGGCCCACCGGGGCGCCGUUCUAGAGGCGGUGCUGACUCGGACCAAGCUGCUGCGCCGGCAUGACGGCCUGCGUUUUGUGGGCGUGUGUGGAUGCGUCGAGAACGCCAGAGACCUGGCCGCCUGGUUGGGACCGGACUCCAAGCACUACUCGUUUCCGGCGAGCGCCCGUCCGGUGCCCUUGAGGCGCGUGGUGCUGGGAUACCCGUGUUCGGCUAACAGCGACUUCCGCUUCGACAUGGCGCUCUCCUACAAGCUGGCCGCCGUCAUCAGCGCACACUCUGCCGGAAAGCCAGCGCUCGUGUUCUGUUCCACUCGCAAGGGGGCCGUACAAGCGGCUACCGUGCUGGCCUCUUCCCUGGGCCCUCAUGGAAGACCGGCCUUCUCGACGGAGCUGCUUGCCACAGCAUGUGCCAUCAGAGACGCCAAACUGCGUGAGCUGGUUCAACGUUCAGGCGUGGGCUGGCACCACGCGGGUCUCGAGGCGUCCGACCGGGAGGUGCUCGAGUCAUUGUUCCGCGCCGGUGCAUUGCGCGCUCUGGUCAGCACGAGCACAUUGGCCGUUGGCGUCAAUCUUCCUGCGAGGCUGGUCGUAGUGCGCGGGACCACCACGUACGGAGGCCGCACACAGCCGUACCCAAACCUGGUGCUCGAGCAGAUGGUCGGGAGGGCCGGCAGACCGCAGCGACAGUCCCUCGCAAAGUCACUCGCUUACGUGCGGCUUUAUGCGCACUACGUGGACAAGUUCAGGUCGGUGCUGGCGGCGCCUUGUACAGUGGGGGCUAUCCGGGACAACCUCGAAGGUGACGUCAGUUAG